GUCACUAUUAUCAUUGCGUGAAUAAUCAUCAUUCAGUUCUCCAAUCAAUAAUGGCAUCCGUUAGCCCUCUCAAGUUUCUGAAAGACAAAACCAUUUUAGUCACUGGUGCCACAGGCUUUCUAGCAAAGGUUUUUGUGGAGAAGAUACUGAGGAUUCAACCGAAUGUUAAAAAGUUGUAUCUUCUUGUGAGAGCACGAGAUUCAAACUUUGCAAUGAAACGAAUUUUUGACGAGGUUGUGGAGACGGAGUUGUUUCGUGUGGUGAGGGAUGAGCUUGGUGUCAACCUGAAAUCCUUUAUAUCAGAAAAGAUAGUUGCCGUCGCCGGUGAUGUUUCUGAUACCAACUUGGGAGUGAAAGAUUCUAAACUAAUGGAAGAAAUGUGGACAGAAAUUGAUUUAGUACUAAAUUUUGCUGCAAUAACCAACUUUGACGAAAGGUAUGACUAUGCUUACAAGGUCAACACAAUGGGAGCGUUCAACGUUUUGAACUUUGCAAAGAAUUGCAUCAAAAUAAAUAUGCUUGUCCAUGUUUCAACGGCAUACGUGUGCGGCGAAAGAUCAGGACUCAUACCAGAAAACCCAAUCAACUUUGAUGAAGCUCUCAAAAAAACAUGCAAACUGGAAAUCACUAAAGAAAAGGAAUUGAUAGAAGAAAAAUUAAAUCAACUUCAAGCUAAAGGUUCUGGCCAAAAUGAGCUUGCCUCAACCAUGACGGAUUUAGGCAUCAACAGGGCGACAUUUUAUGGAUGGCCAAACACAUACGUGUUUACAAAGGCUAUGGGAGAGAUGAUGUUAGGAAAGUAUAGAGAGAAUAUGCCUUUAGUCAUCAUCCGCCCUACCAUGAUAACCAGUACAUUUGCAGAACCAUUUCCUGGUUGGAUCGAAGGUUUGAGAACCAUCGAUGGGGCAAUUGCGGGUUAUGGUAAAGGAAAAUUGAAAUUCUUGCUCGCUAAUACCAAGUCAAUCCUUGAUGUGAUACCAGCGGACAUGGUGGUGAAUUCAAUUAUCAUGGCUAUGGCGGCAAAUACACAACAAAAUUCUCAGAUAAUUUAUCAUAUUGGCUCAUCUAGGACAAACCCCAUAAAGAUGACAGAUAUUCACAAGUUUAUGAGACAAUAUUUUAUUGAACAUCCAUUGAUAAACAAAUAUGGGAAGCCUGUUAAAGUUUGCAAGAUCAGAUUUUUUAACACACCAGCGAGUUUCCACACAUGGAUCCGUAUUAGUUAUGUGAUGCCACUAAAGGUACUGAAAUUAAUUUCAAUUUUCAACAAAAGCUAUAGGGACAUUUGUAUUGAUCACGACAAAAAGAUCAAAUUUGUUAUACGAUUGGUGAAGCUUUACAAACCCUACAUGUUCUUUAGGGGCAUCUUUGAUAACACAAACUCACAAAAUUUGCGAUUGACAAUGGAAGAGAAUGCGCAAGAAGCUAAUGCAUUCAAUUUCGAUCCAAAAGGCAUUGAUUGGGAAGACUACUUUAUCAACACUCACAUUGCUGGACUUGUAAAAUAUGUUCUCAAGCAAUAAUUGGUUUCGUUAUCAUUAGUCUUAUGUUACAUUCUAAAAUAACAUCGAAUGAUUGUAUUAUAUUUAACUAUCAUAUAUAUAUAUAUAGUUGAAGAGCCUUUAAGAACAAUAAAGCACCUUUUAUCUC